CUCCAUCUUGGUCUGUGCUAGCACGAUAUAGUCCAAGACAUUUUUGGUCUGUGGUUUAGUUUGUGGUUCAAAAUGGCUCUCAAGGCACUCGUUGGGCAAAAGAUUAUGAAUGAAGUUAUCCGCUAUCGCGGACCCAAAGGAAAAGAAUCUCAACGUAUAGAAUGGAGAAUCCUUAUAGUUGACCAGCUCUCCAUGAGAAUGGUGUCAGCAUGCUGUAAGAUGCAUGAUAUCUCAGCAGAAGGCAUCACUUUGGUAGAAGACAUACACAAGAAGAGAGAACCAUUGUGUACAAUGGAUGGUAUUUAUCUGAUAACACCUUGUGAAAAAUCAGUCCAUGCCCUGAUUAAUGACUUCUCUGUUGGCAAUCGCAUUAUGUACAAAGCCGCUCAUGUCUUCUUUACUGAGGCAUGUCCAGAUGUACUUUUUGAUGAGUUAUCACAUAGUCGAGUUUCUAAGUACAUCAAAACAUUAAAGGAAAUCAACAUAGCCUUCAUACCAUAUGAGGGACAGGUAUUCUCUCUGGACUCCCCUGAGACCUUCCAGUGCAUGUACAAUCCUGCGUUAGCGCAAACCCGCAAUGCUAACAUGGAGCGUAUAGCUGAGCAGAUUGCUACACUGUGUGCCACACUAGGAGAAUACCCUUCAGUACGAUACCGAAGUGAUUGGGAGCGCAAUGUUGAGCUUGCGCAACUUAUCCAACAAAAACUGGAUGCCUACAAGGCUGAUGAACCAACCAUGGGUGAAGGUCCAGAGAAAGCACGCUCCCAACUACUAGUAAUAGACCGUGGCUUCGACUGUGUGUCGCCGCUCCUACACGAACUCACGCUUCAAGCUAUGGCAUACGAUCUCCUGCCCAUUGAAAACGAUGUCUAUAAAUAUGAAGCAUCACAAGGGCAACAACUGAAAGAGGUAUUAUUGGAUGAAAAUGACGAGCUGUGGGUCGAGUUACGGCAUCAGCAUAUUGCCGUCGUAUCAACUUCUGUUACCAAAAAACUAAAGAUGUUCACUGAAUCAAAACGAAUGGGAGGAGGAGACAAACAAUCAAUGAGGGAUCUCUCCCAAAUGAUUAAAAAAAUGCCACAGUAUCAGAAAGAGCUCUCCAAGUAUGCAACACACUUACGUUUAGCCGAGGACUGCAUGAAAGCUUACCAAGGCUAUGUCGAUAAACUCUGCAAAGUUGAACAGGACCUUGCCAUGGGUACUGAUGCAGAAGGCGAAAAGAUAAAGGAUCAUAUGAGGAGCAUUGUUCCUGUCCUACUCGAUCAGUCUGUGGUGAACUUCAACAAGAUGCGUAUCAUUGCUCUAUAUAUAAUGUCGAAGAACGGCAUAUCCGAAGAGAAUCUCAAUAAGUUGGUGACGCACGCGCAGCUCGAGCCGUCGGACAAACAGGCCCUUCUCAACCUCGCUAAUCUCGGCCUUAACGUCGUCGUUGAUGGUAAUCGCAAGAAGCAGUAUCAGGUGCCCAGGAAAGAAAGAAUCACUGAACAAACUUAUCAGAUGUCGCGAUGGACACCGGUGAUAAAGGAUAUCAUGGAAGACGCUAUUGAUGAUAAAUUGGACCAAAGACACUUCCCCUUCCUUGCUGGACGAGCGCAGACUUCAGGAUACCAAGCGCCAACUAGCGUUCGAUAUGGACAUUGGCAUAAAGACAAAGCUCAGCAAACUAUUAAAAACGUACCACGUCUCAUCGUGUUUGUCGUUGGAGGCGUCUGCUUCUCGGAAAUCCGGUGCGCGUACGAGGUGACAGCUGCUGUCAAAAAUUGGGAGGUGAUCAUCGGCUCUUCACACAUUCUCACACCAGACACCUUCCUUUCAGACUUGAGCUCUCUCACCGCCUAAACAUUUAAUUUAAUUCUUUACCAACCUAGUAGCAGAAAGUUUAGUCAUUUGUUAUAUAAUAAAACGGUUUAAUCUUUAUAAAAUUAUAAAAGUACGAAUUAGAUUCUUCAAAGUCGCUGUUCGUUUUUGUUUAAAAUUAAUAUUGUACUGACAUUGCAGUAAUCGGUGUAGUCUAUAACAGAUCAAAUCAUAUACAAAUUUAUGUUACAUAGUAACUCGUGGUUUUUCAUGGACUUAUUAUAAACAAAAAACGGUAUUAAUAAUUGUUUGUUGAUUUAACUAAAGUUUGAGUGUAUAUUGUUAACAUUUUGAAAUAAUUUUAGAUGUGUAUAUUAUUUUUUGUUAAAGUAUUAAAUUUGUAUAAUUAUUGUUAGUAAAUUGUAAAGUUUCAUGUUUAGUUUUAAGAUUGGUAUUUUUAAUUCAUUUUAAGUAAAAACUAUUUAAAUGCACCAUUUUUAAUCAACAUACUGACUAUCAAUAUUAAUAAAAUCUCGUGAUCUCGUGAGGAAAGACAACAAUUUGUCUAUUGAUAAGUAUAUUUAUUACUCAUAUAAAAAUUAUCUUCUUCAAACUUUGCUUAAUAAAUAUGUGUACAUUUGCUUCCAUUUCGUUAUAAUUAACGCCAAAUAAUAGAUCUUAACAAAAUAAAUCAAAGUAUGCAAACUGUGUUAUCGUGUAAUUUUUCUCUCGCGCCGCACGGUCUAAGGUGCCGCAAAUUACUUCAUGAAAUUAAAUAAUAAUGCAUAGGACUUAAAUAAAAAACUAGAAAUUGUAGUUUCCAAAUCGCUAGUUUUAUAAUUGGUCAUUGGUCAUUAAAGACCUUGUACGUGGCGUUUAGAAUUUUCAAGAGUCAAUAAAAAUAAUUCCAUAUAUAAGUGCGUCAAGGUUGCGCCCCUUUUUAGUUUUUAUUUUUCUUUUGAAUCACUCAUCACGAUUUCACAUACAUUAAUCAAAAAAUCUGUCAUAACUCUAAGAGUCGCUGCGUAUAUAA